GAACACCACAGAAGAGAAAAAUAAUUGUUGUCAAGUAAUUAGUCCAAGACAAUGUGUACCACAAGUUGAAUUUCCCUUUAUGAAGUGUUUCCAUUACAGGCAGCAGGUUUGCGGAAAUAUUUGUCAAGCGAAAAUAAUGCAUACCCAAACCCAUCAAAUCUGCGAUGAAAAUCCAUCUGGACCACCAAACUGUCAUAAUCAAAUUAUUUAUAUACCACAACCACAACCAAGAUGUACUUAUUUGGAUGUUUGGCCCUACGUUAGUUGUAAUAUACAAAGUAUGGAUAAUUCGUAUAAUGUUGGUCCGUUUCCUCAAUCACUUGGUCAAUCAUAUGGUUCGUAUCCUUAUGGACAAUACCCCAAUCAAUUUGCCCCAUACCAAAACUUCGGUUAUAAUUUUAAUCAGUACAACCCAUUAUCUUAUGGGUUGGAGAAUUUUUAUAGCGUUUCGAGAGAUGUCGAUGGAACUAAUUAUGAGAAUUUAUUUGGUAAUAAAGGAGUUGUGGGUACUUCCCAAGAGAAUUAUAUCUCUGAAACGAUACCGAUUGAAAUUAAUCAAUUGAAUAAUGAACCAGUUGCGCCGGAACUUGUUCGAGUUGAAGUUAAAACUAAACCCAACGAAAGUGUAUAA